CGCUUUUGGGGAUUACGAGGGCAAAACAAGUGUCGCUCUGUCGCUCAUCCACCGUAGUUGUUUGUACGGGACAGGAAAAAGUUGUUCAACACAGAUUUUCUAGUAAUUCAAAUUUGAAUUCGAGGUUUUGAGGCAUUCUGCUUCAGUUUCACCCAUGUUUUUUUUUUCUCCUCCCAACCUUACAAAAGUAAGUGCAACCGUGCAACCGUGCAGCAGUGCAACCCAACGUCGUCUGCUGCAGAGCUGGCGUCGUCUGCUGUUUGCUCCCUUGAUGCGUUCAAGAGAAUUUCAAUGAAGGUGAAUGUGACUAACUUAACUCCAAGGUGAAGUUCAACCGCAAUUUAAAAUUCUAGCGAAAGCUGCUCACAAUGGGAGAGUUUGCUGCAGAUAUCGUUCUGAAAACUGAGGAAAGGCCACCUCAUGGACUAGUUUCUUCCCAAGCUAAUUUAUUCACGGAGCUCUGGAAUGGUCGCUCUAUUGCUCUGCCAACUCACUCAUGGGCUUUGCAUCGUGUUGAGAAAACAACAGUUGGUCCUUUAGUUGUCAUCAACGAAAUGAUGGCAAAUGGACAUGGAAUACCUUUUCCUCUGAAACAACUUGUGAUAAGCAGCUCUGGUAAUAUGAUGGCUCUAGUACUGAAUCAGAUAAUUGAUGUAAGCAUAAUCUCGUCUGUUAUGCCGCUUCAAACCAUUGAAGACUUGCAGGAGGCUUUAAAAUAUUUCGACCAAAUAGAUUGCGAGUAUGUAUAUGUUGAAUCAGUAUGAAUGUCUUGCUUGAAGUGCUAUCAUAUCUUCAAGAGUUGAGUGAAACUUAAAAACAAAUCAAGAAACCAACUACAUUAAUUUUUUUGUGUUCAGUGACUAUUUCCUGUAAAUGGCUUUCAACAAAAAAAUUCUACUAAAGAAUGAUCUUGUUGAGAGGCUGCAACAACACUAUAUAGUCUGAUAUUAGUAUAAGAAUGCGAUAAGGCCUUAUAGUUUAAAGACCAUGUGUCUAUUUUAGUGUAUAUGAAAUGCUGUAUAAUAAUAAUAAUAACAAUAGUAAUAAUAAUAAUAAUAAUAACGGAUGCAAGUCAGUCGUGUGUUACAAAUAUUGAUAUUUACUUAGUUGACGAAAAGUUCUUUAUUUUCAGCUUUUCUAUCAAGAGAACAAGGUUGCUCAUUUCUUAUUUCUAAUACUUAAUGACCCAACUGCCAACCUGCAGAUCUGUCUAGCCAUUGUUGUUUAAAGGAAAAGUUGAUGCUCCUAGUCUUUCGGUGCCAUAAUCUUGCUUUCAUGCUGAUGUCCUAGACUGUGAUAACUUAGUUACUUUUUUUCAUUCCACCUUAAUGUUUAGGUUUCUUCAAGGCUGUUAUUUCCUAUCAUCACCUUCAAAACAGUUCUUUUUAAUCAUCUUGAAGGAGGUAAUACCGUAGUGUUACGUCAUUACCAAAAUUUAGAUAGUAACUACUGUAUCUCACUACAUUUGUCAGUUUGGGCACUGGCUUUAUGUUAAUUGUUAAAGCUUUGUCUGAGAAAGGAAGUGUCCUGGAAGAUACUUAUACAUAAGCCUCAUGCCAACAUUGCUGUAUAACUGCCUAUCAAUUUAUUUAUAAAAUGUAGAUUUUAAAAACUGUUACAGAAAUGUGAACUGAAAUAAAGAGACAGUCACUAA